UUUCAUCACAAUAAAUUAGUAGGAAGUUUCUUUCUUCCACUUGUAUCUUUUGCUUCCUUCUCUCUUUCAUUUGCUCUCUUCUUGUGUAGAAAUGGUUGAUUAUCUAAAUGAGAGGCUGAUUAAAAAUGGAGAGGAUGAAGAAGAAAAAGAAAGAGGAAAUAAUUAUAAUAAUAUUAUUGUGGAAAAAAAAGAGAAAUUGAAGGAUAGGAUAUUACAUGAAAAUAAGAAAUUAUGGGUAGUGGCAGCUCCAGCUAUAUUUACAAGAUUUUCAACAUUUGGAGUAAAUAUUAUAAGUUUAGCUUUUAUUGGUCAUAUUGGAGCUACUGAACUUGCAGCUUAUGCAUUAAUUUUCACUGUCCUCCUCAGAUUUUGCAUUGGCAUCCUUCUAGGUAUGGCAAGUGGACUAGAGACACUAUGUGGUCAAUCAUAUGGAGCAAAACAAUAUCAUAUGCUUGGUUUACAUCUUCAAAGAUCAUUUAUUGUCUUAACAAUUACCACAACACUUCUACUCCCAUUAUUUCUAUUUACAACUCCAAUUUUAAAAGCAUUAGGCCAAGAGAAUGACAUAGCACAAGUUGCUGGAGUUGUUUCACUUUGGUUCAUCCCAGUGGCAUAUGCAUAUGUUGUAUCAUUUGCUUGCCAAAUGUAUCUUCAAGCACAAAGCAAGAACAUAGUUAUUGCAUACUUAGCUGCAAUUACACUAAUAAUCCAUGCAUUUUUGUCUUGGCUUUUGACAAUUAAGUACAAAUUUGGGCUAAAUGGUGCUAUGAUAUCAACUAUUUUGGCAUAUUGGAUACCUAAUAUUGGACAAUUAGUGUAUGUUAUGGGUGGAUGGUGUAAAGAUACUUGGACUGGCUUCUCAUUCUUGGCUUUCAAGGAUUUGUGGCCUGUUGUCAAACUCUCUCUAUCAUCAGGUGUCAUGCUAUGUGUUGAGCUUUGGUACAACAGUAUACUUGUUCUUCUGACUGGAAAUUUCAAAAAUGCUGAGGUCCAAAUUGAUGCCCUUUCUAUAUGCCUUAACAUCAAUGGUUGGGAAUUGAUGAUAGCUCUUGGCUUCAUGAGUGCAGCAUGUGUAAGAGUAGCAAAUGAGUUGGGAAGAGGAAGUUCAAAGGCAGCAAAAUUCUCAAUUAUGACAAUAGUCUUAAUAUCUUCUGCCAUUGGAUUCAUCCUAUCAUUAUUCUUCUUCUUCCUAAGGGGACGUUUGGCUUUUGUUUUCACAAAAAGUCUAGAAGUAACAAAAGAAGUAGAUAGAUUAUCUCCUCUCUUGGCCUUUUCAGUUCUAUUGAAUAGUGUUCAACCUGUACUUUCUGGUGUGGCUGUUGGGGCAGGGUGGCAGACCAUUGUGGCCUAUGUUAAUAUUAUAUGUUAUUACUUGGUGGGAAUUCCUGUGGGAGUAAUGCUUGGCUAUUUUCUACAGUUACAAGUUACAGGAGUUUGGAUGGGAAUGUUGAUUGGCACACUUGUUCAAACUAUUGCACUAGUUAUAAUCACUACCAAAACUGAUUGGGAUGAACAGGUGAGACUCACUCAACAACGAGUUAAAGGAUGGGCAAUAGAAGAUGACAAUAACGUUACCUCACAAGGAGCUUAACACAACAAAUUGCAAUAAUUUGUCAAAUUGAUUUAAUUAUCAUAUAUUAUAAAAUAUAUUUUUCAGUAUUUAUAAGCUCCCAUAUUUAAUUAGAUUGCUAGUUCGAUUGUUUUAUUUAAGUGCUUAUUUUUAAAUUUUUCUAUAUAAUCCCUUGAAUAAAUAAUUAACACUUAUUAGUUCAAUUUAGUCAUGAA